GGGGAAAGGGUGAGAGAGUCCAGCCCUCCGACCACUACAGGCGCCCAACCUCACCCCACUUCCCCCCCCCAACCGCCGAGAGGGUGACAUGGCCGGGCUGAGGCAUUGCUACGACGGUAAGAUCGCCGGGCUUUAUGACCUGGAUAAGACCCUGGGGAAGGGUCACUACGCCGUGGUGAAGUUGGCCCGGCACGUCUUCACCGGGGAGAAAGUGGCCGUCAAAGUGAUCGACAAAACCAAGCUGGACAAGUCGGCGACAGGGCACCUCCUGCAGGAAGUGAGGUGUAUGAAGUUGGUACAGCACCCCAAUGUGGUCAGGCUCUACGAGGUGAUUGACACCCAGACCAAACUCUACCUGAUCCUGGAGCUGGGAGACGGUGGGGAUAUGUUCGACUACAUCAUGAACCACGAGAGGGGGCUCUCCGAGGACCGAGCCAAGACUUACUUCGCCCAGAUCGUCCACGCCAUCUCCUACUGCCACAAGUUGCAUGUGGUGCACCGAGACCUGAAGCCGGAGAACGUGGUGUUCUUCAAAGACCAAGGGGUGGUCAAACUCACCGAUUUCGGCUUCAGCAACCGAUUCCAGCCCGGCAAGAUGCUGACCACAAGCUGCGGCUCCCUGGCUUACUCAGCGCCCGAAAUCUUACUGGGAGAUGAAUACGAUGCACCUGCGGUGGAUAUCUGGAGCCUGGGAGUGAUCCUGUAUAUGCUAGUGUGUGGCUAUCCACCUUUCCACGAGGUUAAUGACAGCGAGACCCUCACCAUGAUUAUGGAUUGUCGUUACACAGUUCCACAGCACAUCUCUGCUGACUGCAGGAAUUUGAUCUCCAGGAUGCUGCAGAGGGAUCCGAAGAAGAGGGCGUCUCUGGAAGAGAUUGAGGGUCAUCCAUGGCUCCAGGGUGUUGACCCUUCUCCGGCCAAGAAGCUGAGCCUGCCUCUCACGUCCUAUAAGAGCCUCUCCGAGGAAGAGCAUGAAAUAAUUAUUCAGGCAAUGGAAUGUGGCAACAUCGCGCAGAGGGAGCUGAUCCAAGAGGCUCUGGAAGCAGAUAAGUACAAUCACAUCACGGCCAGCUACUUCCUGCUGGCGGAGAGGAUACUGAGGGAGAAGCAGGAGAAACAUACCCAGAGUCGGAGCCUUAAUCUGGACUAUAACUGGAGCACCCACGUCCAAUGCAGACCGUCGCUGUCGACACCAGCAAACAGCUUUGUGGAUGCUACUGAAAGAAGCCCCUUGCCCGAAAUGCACAAUGGUUUUUCAAUAAAGCACUCUACUCCGACCAAAGUCCCCAGCAAACAACUGGAAGCCGAGCAGAAGAACACUGAGAAGGAGGAGAUGGGAAACACUAAAGACUUUGUGAAGGUUGUGACUAAUGCCCAGGAUGUUUCUGUGACCCCAUCACCGAUGAGAAUUCUACUUCGCUCGUCCCUGGAAACCUCUGUCAUGCCAAAGAACUUGCCUGUCCUCCAACAGAUUUGUGAGGAAGAUGAAGAGGAGGAAGAAGAGGUGGAAGCCAAUGCAGCAAUGGAGAUCAAAGCCACACCUUUGCCUAACGUCACGCCAGCUCUGUGCUCUGGUACUAAUCACCAAACCUUGUUGGGCUGCCCCAGCAAAGACACCGAGGUGGAUGGUAACAAACUGCUCCAUGAGAUGUGGAGCUGCCAGCGGGAGAGCGGGGUGAUGAGCUCCUCUGUCGAAGUGCCAGGGUCAGUGGGGCCACUCUGCUGCAGCAGGUGGGCUGGGAAAAGUGAGCCGCUUUCCAGUUACUUUGGGAACCGGCCGAUCAACCUCAUGAACGAGAGCAACAACAAUAGCACCAGCAAAGGAGUCGUCAGAGCUCCGGUAGACAUUAGCGACAUCAGUGUUCAGAAGGCUCACCCUUGCCCGCACUCCCAGCAAUGCCCAGCCAGCUUAGACUCCAGAGUCACUGAGCCCGUGGUGUCUGGCACUGACUUAGUGAAGGAAAAACUGCAGGCGCUACCGAAAUGCGAGGGUCCAAGUGUGGAAAGUCCAAAGCAUCUGAUUGACCGGAUGGCUGAGAACAGUGGGUUGGCAAAUGACAGUGCCAGCGUUGACAGCAGUGCAGACACUGUGAAUAAAUUUGAUCCUACUCGGUCAAAAAACAUAAACAUUAGAGAUCGGAUUCUGCAAAUCCCACUCUGUGAGAAAGCCCUUUCCUUUAAGAUCAAACCGAACUCUAAGGAAAACCUCCUCUCCUUUGGACAAUUCAAUUGUUGUCAUGUAAUUUAGUAUUUUUUUAAAGAAGAAAAAUUAUAUAGUUUGUGUGUGUCUCCACACACACGUUGUAAAUAUGUAUCAUCUUUUACAGACUAGGGGUACGACAUUAGAAAGGAAGGAUAUUUAAGGUUGGUUUCUGACUGCACUCCCAAAGUGGGGGAGCUCUGUCUGUCAUGAAUGUAUAUUGGAAGCCACUGAUUUCCUUACUGACUGUCUGUCUGUUUAAGUGGGUGGGGCUCUCACUGUUACUGAUGCAUAGACCCAGCUCCCCACCUGAAGUGCAAAAUUGGGAAAAAUAGCCCUUUAAUUCUCAUAACUGAAUAACGGGUAUACAGCGAAAUACAAUUUGGUGCUGCUUUCUGGGUUGGAAGAAGGUUCAAGAGUGAUUCUCCAUUCUUUAUAACAUCUAACUUGUGAAAUCCUUCACUGCUCUACCAUAAAUGGGUAGUCAUGUGGUGAUUGUACCCUUUUAGGCACAGACCCAGUAUCCCAUCUUCAAAGUUCCAGAUUAAUUCACUGAUAUUUUGAGAACUCAUUAGUUGAUGAAGACUGUGUUCGGGGAAUUUCCUUGUGUACAUUCUAUGACAGCAUACUGUAGACAUCUGCCCUGGUUAACUGAAGUGUGUACAUAAUUGUGUACUUCCUUCAUUGUCACCUUUAUAUUAAAAGAAAUCUAGUGUUCGCAGA